UCGAUCGAGAAUCUGACUGACAAGCCCGAAAAUCACGCUUUCCAUAAUUAGGUAGUUAUCGAAGAAUUUCUGGGUACCUUAUCUGUUGAGCGAUCCCCUGUCAUUUGUUCCAGUUUCAAGGAAAGUGCGGUAGGCGUUCCUGCAUAUCAUCCCACUUGAUAUUUGCCAUGAGAACAGACCGGACGCGCCCCGCUAUCACAUCCCUUCGUCUAUGAUCUCUUCUCUUCCGGAUUCUUCUCCAUCUCCUUCUUGUUCAUAGGACUCAUAGAUUCGUGCAUAUACCCUUACAUCUUGUCUCAUUACCGAGUAUCCUGCAGUGCCCCGCCACAUAUACCCUUCUCCCCAUACCUAGCAGCAUGGUUCUCGUUGAGGGGAAGGAAUAUCUGUGCACUGAAGAGACCAGACUGAAAGAAGACCGCGAAAGGACAAAGUACUGGAAGAAAUGGGGCCCAUAUACCGCUGAACGACAGUGGGCAACAGUGAGAGAGGACUACUCUGCCGAUGGAGACGCUUGGAGCCACUUUCCUCACGACGAUGCGCGAUCACGAGCCUACAGAUGGGGCGAGGACGGUAUCGCUGGCGUCUGCGAUACCCACAGCCUCCAGCACAUCGCCUUCUCCUUCUGGAAUGGAAAAGACCCGUACCUAAAAGAGCGGCUGUUUGGUCUCUCGAAUCCUCAAGGGAAUCAUGGCGAGUCAAUCAAGGAAGCCCACUUUCACCUAGACAAUACCCCGACGCAUUCAUACAUGAAAUACUUGUAUAAAUACCCUCAACAGGCCUUUCCAUACGACGACGUGAUCAAAGAGAACGCUAGACGAACUAGAAACGACCGAGAAUACAAUAUCCUAGACACCGGGAUCUUCGAUGAGGAUGACUAUUGGGAUAUCUUUAUCGAAACGGCAAAAGAAGCCGAUGAUCCCGACGAACUACUGUUCCGAGUGACGGCGUACAAUAGAGGAUCACAGCGAGCACCUUUACAUAUCAUUCCUCAUGUCUGGUUCCGCAAUACUUGGGCCUGGGGCCGGGAAGAUGAGUCCAAAAAGCCUAACAUUCGACGGUUGUCCCCCCUUGUCGCGGUAUCAAGCCACCACAAGCUUGGAGAUCGGUAUAUCCAGAUGGCGCCGUCUCCUGGCAUCGGCCGGAGUGGUGAAGAUAUCCAACCGUCCCUCAUAUUCACUGACAAUGACACGAACUACAUGCGUCUAUACAACGCAGACGAGAAUAAGACUCCUUUCGUCAAGGAUGCCUUCCACCGGUAUAUCGUCGAUGGCGAAACCGAGGCGAUCAACCCCGACAAAACUGGAACAAAGUCUGCAUCGUGGUAUGAGUUCAACGAAGACGGAGGUGUGGCUCCAGGGGAGUGUGCUGUGGUAAGAUUCCGCGUCAGCAAGCGAUACGAAGCCGACUACUUCGACGAAGAGCUUUUUGACGAUAUCAUCGAACGCCGACGGGAAGAGGCGGACGAGUUCUACUGGCGCAUUAGUCCGAUGCCCAUGUCGGAAGACCUACGCAACGUUCAACGACAAGCAUUCAGUGGCAUGUUGUGGUGCAAGCAGCACUACCUGUUCAUAUGGGAUCAGUGGGCAAAUGGGGAUCCGUCCAUGCCACCUCCUCCACCCGAGCGCAUCAAGGUACGGAAUUCAGGGUGGAAACACAUCCACAUGGAUGAUAUUUUGUCCCUUCCAGACAAGUGGGAGUACCCAUUCUUUGCCGCAUGGGAUUCGGCAUUCCACUGCAUCCCGUUGGCAAUGAUUGAUCCCGACUUCGCCAAGAAGCAGCUUGACUUGUUCACGCGCGAAUGGUACAUGCAUCCGAACGGUCAAUUACCAGCAUACGAAUGGAAUUUCGGAGAUGUCAACCCCCCAGUCCAUGCGUGGGCACUGUUCCGAACGUUCAAGAUCGAGCGGAAGAUGUAUGGCCGCGAAGAUAUCGACUGCCUCGAGCGUGUAUUCCAGAAGUUGCUCAUGAACUUUACAUGGUGGGUCAAUCGGAAGGACUUCGAAGGAAAGAAUGUUUUCGAAGGCGGUUUCCUUGGUCUGGAUAACAUUGGUCUUUUCAACCGUUCCGAUCCUCUACCGACUGGAGGCACUCUCGAGCAAGCAGACUCGACAGGCUGGAUGGCGUUUUACUGCUUGGGUAUGCUCAACAUUGCUUUCGAGCUUGCCAAGUAUCGAAGCAUCUACGAAGACAUUGCCACCAAGUUCUUCGAGCAUUUCAUCUUGAUCUCCGAAGCGAUGCAGUAUCGGACCGAAAGCGAGUCUAAAAGCCUAUGGAACGAAGAAGACGGCUUCUACUACGACGCCAUCAGCUGGGGAGAUCAACAUUCCAUACAAAUGCCAGUCAUGAGCUUGGUCGGGCUGAUCCCAAUGUUUGCAACUCUAACACUCGAGCCGCAGCUGAUCAACAAAUUCCCGAACUUCAAAAAGCGCCUCAACUGGUUCAUCGAGAAUAAAGCCGAUGUCGCCGAGAGAAAUCUUGCCAGCAUGAAGAUUCGUGGCAAGGAUGAUAGAAUACUGCUCAGUCUCAUGAGCAAGGAACGACUGGUCCGCACGUUGGAACGCAUGCUUUCCGAGACACACUUCUUGUCCGACCAUGGUAUCCGAAGCAUGAGUAGGCACCAUAAGGACAGACCCUACAGUAUGGACGUCAACGGUCAGAAGUUCGAGGUCGCAUAUCUUCCUGGUGACUCAGACUCGGGGCUCUUUGGCGGGAACUCUAACUGGCGUGGACCGAUCUGGAUGGCCCCGAAUUUCCUUCUCAUUGAGUCUUGUCUCCGCAACCACAUGUUUUACGGAAACUCGCUCCAAGUGGAAUGUCCUACGGGAUCAGGAAACUAUAUGCAUCUUGGUCAUGUCGCUGAAGAGCUCCAGCAUCGUCUGACCAACAUGUUCAUGCGCGAUGAAACCGGACGACGCGCCGCCAACGGCGGCAACGAGACACUGGACUACGACCCCAACUGGCGGGACUGUGUUUGGUUCUUUGAGUUCUUCGAUGGAGAUACUGGCCGCGGUCUUGGAGCCAGUCAUCAGUGCGGCUGGACCGGGUUGGUUGCAAAGAUGAUCCACGAUACAGGUAUCAACUGCCGCCUCCCCCAAACACCACGCACCCCCUCCACAGCCGCUCAACACUACUUCGAUGAUGUGUUCACCCGCUCUCUCCGCUACUCCGCAGCAAACCCACCUACCACACCUGGCGGCACCAAGCCAUCCCACAUCCGGCGCUCCUCCUCCUCCCGCUCUAUCGGCGCGCGCACCGACUGGGACACCAAUGGUGCUGCCACGCCGCAUGCUCGUCUCAUAUCCAAUGGCGCGCGCACGCCUCGACUUGGCGACCAUGUGAUUGAUGAGGAGGACGAGAUUGACGAUGAGGAGGACGACGACGGACUGUACUUCGCGGCGCCGCAGCGGUCGAACAGUGUAGGGAUUCUAGAUACGGAAGCGUUGAAGAAGCGGGAAGAGGCGGAUCAGCAUGUGCAUCGGCAUGUGAGUCGGCGGCUGGAGAGGCUGAGGACUGCUUUUGGGCGGGAAGACGAAGACGUUAGUGGUGGGGUGGGCGAUGAAAUUGAGGCAAGGCACUGAGGUUGUGGCUGAAAUGAUCUCGACGCUUUGAUAAGAGGGAGAGCAGAAUUGCAUAUGGAGCAGACGAUUGGGGGCGUAAGGGACAGUAAGAGGUGCAAUAGAUCGACCCUCGAAGAACGGUCAUAGGACGAUAGUAGUAUGGAUAGAUCGAGAAUGAUUUUUGAGACGGUAUUUCUUCUCUAUCAUAGACUAUUGAUCCUGCUGCAGUAUCAACCUGUUGAGACGACUCGUUUCCCCCAGGA